AUGGCCAGAAGCAAAAAAAAAACCAAACCCGAUGAAAAGUUCGUCUUCUUAAGCUCCUGGGUUUUGAAUGAAAAUGAUAAAAAAAAGGGUAAAAACGAAGGAGGAGGAGGAGAGGAUUCGGAUGACUACAAUGCGGAAAUAACCGGAAGAGAAAGUUCGAUGGAAAACGGUAAAAAUUCAGAAUCCAUGGAUAAAAAUAAUAAAAAAGAAAAUAAUGGUAAAAUGGACGAUGGAAACGAAUCUUAUCCACCAACGCCACCGGAACCGGAUAAAGAAUUACUUUUUCUCAUUGAAUUUUUAGUCGAUACUCUAACUUUAUUCCCUGAUAAAAUGAUGUUGGAUUUUAUCGAUCCUUGUUCACUUCAGGGUCCUUUAUCCGUCGUAUUAACAUUCCUUCAUUUUCCACCAAUGAAAUUAGGCGAAACGGAUGUGGAUCCGACGAGAAGAACCGGAGAUAACGUCGUGCAGUAUAAUUCUGGUAAAUCAUUGAUGUUUGCAUUGACGGAAAGUUUGUUCGAAGAACCGCCGCCGAUAUAUUUGGAAAUAUCGGCGGAAAGGGAAAUGCCUCACGCGUUUUUAUUUUCUCAACUUCCAAUUGGAAAAACUAAAAUUCAAUUAACGGAAUUGUUUAAAAGAGUUUUUGUACUGUACGAUGAAAAACCCGGGAAAACCGUUUCGAAAUCAAUCAAAGACACGUAUCAAUUGAUAGACAACGAAAAUAAAAACGUGGCAGAAGUUUCCGUUUACAUACGAUUAACGUGCAUGGGUGAAAACAUCGUGACGGAAUUUGAAAAAAAUGAAGAUCCGGAACUUCCGCUCCUGUAUAAAAACAUGGAUUCUAAAAAAAUUUACGAAUGCGUUGAAAAAGAUGCGAGAGAAGAUCAAAGCGGGUAUCGAACGGUACCGUUGGAAGUGAAAAAAUACUGCGAGUACGAAAAGGAAAAGAAAAAGAAAAAAAAUUACGUUCCGCCGGAUCCGGCUGAUGAAAAUUACGAAGAAAUAUAUGCGGAAAUAAACGGGAGCGUAAUAAGGAUAAAUUUUGAAAAAAACAGGAGGAAAGAUCCACCGAAACCUUUUCACGUAACGGAUUUUUGCGAUUGUAACAUUCCACUACCCCGCGAUUUAGUCGCCGGCAUGUCCGAUUUGAGUUUAAGCUUAGAACCACGUGACGGUUGUCAAAUACAAGGUCAAAGUGAUAAAAAUCUAACAACGGAUGAUAACGUUGAUAACGAUCCGAACCGAGUCGGUUUGGAUCGUGCUAAUCAAUUGAUAUUUACCGUACCGCCUCCCCAAAAAUUAACGGCUCCCAACGCAAAAACUAUUCUUUAUAACGUGAGCACGUGUCAAAAUGGACAACUUCAUAAUCAUUCGAAAGAAAAUUUUCUCGUUGAAAAAGUGAAAACUCCGGAAAACACGAGUGCGAAAAUGUUAAACGAUCCCGAAAAGGAUGUUUUCAUAUUGAGAAUAAUAAAAAGAGGUAGACGGGGGGGACCCCACGAAAAGGGACAUUUUUCAAAAGAUGCAAAAAGAGAAAAAAUGAAAAAGAAUAAUAAUCAUAAAAAUGCGAAAGAACCGGGAGGGGAUGAGGGUGAUGGAAAUGUACCACCGGAAGAAGAAAAAGAAAUGCUUUUCUUAAUUGAAUUCCUCGUUGACACUUUGCUUUUGAAACAGGAUAAAACUGAAUUUAGUCACAUGGAUCCGUGUUUGUUGCAAGGACAAACGUGCGUCGUUUUAACUUUUCUACAUUUUCCACCCAUGUGCAUUUGCGAAACGGAUUUCAAUCCGUGCGAACAAACUGGUAAAAAUUGUAUUAAAUUCAAUUCUGGUAAAUCGUUAAUGUUUGCACUUUCCGAAUCCGAUUUUGAAAAUCCGGAAAGGAUUUUUUUGGAAAUAGGAGCACAAAAAGUUUUACCACACGGUAGCGUUCCAAAUAGGCUUAACAUGGGAGUGACGAAAAUAUGUUUGACAGAAUUAUUUAAACAAGUUUUCGAAAAAGUCGAUAAAAAUCCAAAUAAAUUUCCAAUAUCGAAAUCAAUUAAAGAUAAUUACAGAUUGUUCGCAUCGAAUACAAAAUGGCCAUCCGCGGAAGUCACCAUCUAUAUACGGCUAUCGUGUUUGGGACAAAACGUAGUGACGGAAUUUCAAAGAGGAAACGACGAUUGCGAACCGUUAAUGUUCAAAAAUAAAGAAUCACGUAAAGCAUACGAAUGCACGGCAAAAGAUUUAAGAAUGGAAGAUGAAGCUGAAGAUCUAUGUCCGCCGGUACCCGGAUGGGGUGAAAUAUCAGGAAGAGAUUGCGGAGAUGAUGCUCCGGCAAACGGAACGGACGAUUUAGACGAUGACGAUGAAUUUGACGAAUUUGGUACGGAAGCUCACGGUCACGCGUUGACGAUUAAAAUACAAAAAAGUCAGAAAAAAAUGAUGGAAAAUAGCAAAUCGACGAAUUCGGAUGAUGGAUAUCCUGGUCACAAAAUCGGUUUUCAAAUACCCGAAAGUCAACAUAUUUGUAAAAAGGGAAAAGCGGAAAACAAAGCGAGAGUCUAUAGAGUGAAUCAACCUGGAAGUGGUAAAAAUGGCGAAUGCGGAAACGAACCCAUACAAAUCGUGCAAGGAGUGGAUUCACCGGAUAAAGAUAUAUUUUUCCUUAGGAUAGGUAAAAAAGGUGAAAGUUACGGUAAAGGAAAAUUAGAAUUAGAAUUGAGAACGCCAAAAAUUAAAAUCGAUAGACCCAUCGACGUACCUAGAAAAUUUGAUAAAAUGCCAUUGUUUACAUCACGUGACUAA